AUGGCCACCGAUUCUGGGAGCCUGGCACCCCCGCUUGCGCUUCCGGGCAGCAGCCCUUUUGCUUCUACAUCAUCAGCCACUCCCAACUCAACGGCCCAAGGGCCUUCGAAAGCACCGCAACCAGAGUUUGGAAACGUAAACAGUACAACUGGCGCGGUCGCCGUGUCUGCUAGCCCGCAACCCAAUCAGCCACCCCAAGCUCUCGUUCAACCGCCUCUGGAAGAUGAUGAUAUGGAAAGGGACUCGUCCCCGGAACCAGCUACCGAUGCCGACAUAGCCUACAUGAAGAAACGGUUGCUCGAGAUGGGUUUAACACGCGACGAUGGGACAAAACCAGUGAAUGAUGCGGACCAUAAUUCACGGGAAGGAGAGUUGCUGGAUAUGGUCCUAACCUUAAUUCGCCCGCCCCGCAUAUCUCCCUCGCAAUUAGCCAAUCAAGCCGAGAUGAUUGCGAGUUUACAGGCUCAAAACGAGCUUUGGGCAUCGCAACUUCAAGAAGAAAGGCUGAGAAUGGAAAGCGAGCGAGACGGAUUCGAACGGAUGGCAGAAGCGCUUAUCAGACAACGGAAUAGGCCUGGAGUGGGCAUCGCUCCCAACGAGGAAUUGGUGAGGAAAUGUUCCAUACUUGAGGCCGACAAUCGUAUCCUGCGGGAGAGGCUCCAGGAAACCUAUGUCCGAGCAAACGCUCUUGAGGCUGAAGUCUUGAAGUUGAAGCCGCUGCUUCUCAUGCCAACGUUCCCGGCUACCCUGACACCCUCUGCCAAUACUUCAUCGACAACUACUAAGCAGCCUAUUGGCAAAGGAAAGAAACGGAAACAGGGGUCGGAGCCCAUGGAAGAUGUCCAGGCAGAAGGUGAACCGACACUAACCACAACGAAUCUACAUCCCCAAACACAUCUGCUGGCUUCAUCUCUUAUAUCUACGCCGCUACCCCAACUACGGCCAGCCUUCCCUAUGCCACAACCAGCUACUACUGGUCCAUCCAUGAAUCCUACUCCAACACAACCACAAUCUAUGCCAACUCCGACUUCAGCAGCUGAACUCUAUCGCCAACCUUAUCCCUAUCUGUAUCCAUAUUAUUUCACUACUCCCCAACCCCACCCAUCGCCUACCACGACAACGCCGACUGCACCUAUCGCGGCAGCAACAAAUGCCCCCGCAAAGGCGAUCAACCCAUAUCUCAAUUACACAAUUCAUAAUGCCCGGAUACAGGCUAUCACUACGGGAGCCGCUCCCAGUUCAGGCCUGUCCUCUCCAGCACCCUCCUCGUCGUCAUCCACGCCCAAACCGAGUAAAGCCCCCGCUAACUCUAGUGCAACUACCAUCCCACUAAACGGUCUAGGCCCCACCUCCACCAUGAAACCACGCCGCCGUUCAGCAUUGAGCCAAGGCCUGACUGCAGACGCGCGAACCGAGCACAUCCUCCUUGCUUCACGGAAGAUCGGUAGGGAACGCGCUGCGUAUGUUGCUGGGAUAUUGCAGAACCCCGAUAAGGGAGUGAAGGACCGCGACCAGCAGCAGCAAUCGUCGUCUUCGGCUGCCUUGGAUGACGGUAACGCGUCAGCCUCGAGGACGGGCAAAGAUUCCAACGGUGAUCGAGUGGGAGGGUCCCGUAGUGGUGGUGGUGCUGCAGGGACAGGGGCUGCGCCGUACUUUCGAUCUAUUGCGAGUGCAACUCAGCUUCAGGCUUCGGGGUCUGGGCCGUCGAGUCAAGGAGGGGAAGCGUCCACGUCGUCCGCGCGGCCGAGGAAGGGGAGUACGUCUGCGAACCAGCACGGCGGACAGCAGCUACACCCUUAUCGCCAAUCAACCUUUGUGUUCGUCCGUCCGCCUGGAGGACCGAAUAGUAGUGCUAAUGACCAGGGUCCCGCUAGCCGCCAGCAACAACACGCCUCGUCCUCAUCCUCCUUGACGACAAACUCGGAUCAGCGGUGUACGAACUUGGGGCGGGAUCGAGCUGGCAGUGAGGCGGGUGGUGGUGGAACCAACUCUCAACAACCAUAUCGUACACCCCAACAGCAGCCUGCUUCGCUCCCGAACGUUGUCACGCCCCAACAACAGCAUCCUCAACCGCAUACAAAGCAGACUCCGCUUGAUUCGUUGGUUACGGCGGCGUUGGGUAUGCAGGAGGGUGGUGCUAGCAGCAAUGGUAACGCCAACGGGAAUGCCAAUGCCAACACCAAUGGGAAUGGUGUGGUGGUGAAGGAAAAGAGUGGGCCUGGGAGGAGACGUAAGGCUGCUGAUAUCGAGCAGGCUGAGAGUCCAGCGCCUAAACGGAGGAAGAGCGCCGCUUUGGCCAGUCAGAAGGCUGGUUCUAGUUCUGGUGAUGGGACUGCGGUGGGGAGGACGCCGAGCGCGUUGGAUGUGUUGGCUGAUCAGGCGCAGGCGGCUGUGCCGAUGGCUAACAGGAGGGGUGGGGGCAAGGCUGGGAAGGGAGGGUCUGUUAAUGGGAAGGCGGGGGCGGGGGCGAGUGCUUCGGUUGGGAGGAGGAGGAGCGGGAGGGGGAAGGGUAAAGAGAAGGAGGCGGUGCAGCCGGAGGAGGAGGGGGAAGAAGAGGUAGAAGAGACGGAGGAUGUUGAGAUGAAGGACGUGGAAGAGGAGGGUGAAGAAGAAGAAGAGGAGCAGAAGGAGGAGCAGGAAGAGGAGAAACCGGUGGAGAGUGUAUCAGUUGUAGUGCCAAAGAGACGUGGUAGGCCGCCUAAAGCCAAGAAGGAAACCGCCACUGCCAAGAUCAAGGUUGCGUCCAGUCGGACUACGAGGAGUUCACCAGCCAUCAACCCCAAGGAGAAAGAAGAGACACCUAGUACCGUUAGCGGGAAACGCAAGAGGGCGCCCCCUCGCGACCGCACAAUUCCUUUGACAGCGUCAGCCAGCGUAACAGCAUCGUCAAGCCAGGCAGCUUCAACAUCGACCAGCUCCAAGGCGAAAGGGAAGAAAGCAGUGGGCGAUGAAGUACCAGUGAAGAGAGGACGAGGUCGGCCGAGCAAAGCGAGUACCGCUUCAGCCGGAUCCAAAGCGAAAGCAGCUGUUCCGACUGCUCCGUCCGAUGGGCCGAGGAUCAUAGCUCCCCCACCAGCGAGCGACGGCAAUGGUGGCGACAACGGUAACGACGAUGGAGACACUGUCGAUCCUCGUCCUUCCCCGCAUCCCGACACUCAGUCUUCUCCACUGCAUCAGCUCCAGCCCGUCGAACCCGAUGCGGGGUCUGAAAUGGAUUCCAGGGAGGUGGUGACAGAUGUGGUCAAUGUCGAUGCAGACGUAUUAGAUGCAGAUGCAGAUGAAAGCGCCGCCGCCACACAUGCGAACGACAUCGAUAAGGAUGGCUCAAGCUUUACAGCGGCCGUUGUUGGUUCUAAAACGGCACCUACCGAGGCUAAUGAAACCGACGUAGUGGCGGGUGAAGAUGAAGAUGAAGGGUCUAGGGGAGACGGUUCUCUAUCGAUGCAGACGGAGGUGGAAGACGUCAGCGGUAGUGAUAGUUCGGCAAAACCCUCUGUCGAGCUGUCAGUUGCUGAGGCGUCUAUAGACCUGGUCGGAGAAGAUGAAGGGAGUACGGGAGUUUCGCGGGUAGACUUCAUCGAUAUGGACGUCAGCCCAGUGGUGGCCAGUGUGACUGGUGACGUCGUUCCGAGCUCAACCCAGAGUGUGAAGGAGGUGGUCGAGGCAGGUCAGAGCUCUCUUUCAGACAACAAAGCAACUGGGGUGGCGUCAUCAGCUGUCACUGCAGGCCACCUGCCCGGUCCCUCCAUGGACUGUGAUGCGAGCGGUGUUCAAGACAAAGAAGAAGAGGAGGUCGGCAACCUGAUCAGGAUGGACAUAGGAUCGGAAACCCCCGUCAAAGAAGAUCGCCAUCGGCCCACUAGUAUGGCUGAGAAGAUGCCCGUUCCUGCGCAGUGUGACUCGACUGCUCGACCUCUCCGCUCAUCGUCACCGUCUCAAUCUGGCCCCACGGGUGGAAUAACUAAUGUUCCCAGAGUCCAGAAUGCUUCUGCUCCAGCUCCUUCGACUUCCGAAUUAAUCAUAUCUUCGUCGCAUCGAAGUUCAAAUCCCGCCGAUCUUUCAUUAAACACCAGUGCUUCCGAAGUGGUAUCGACACCGAAUGUGGGACGUGACCAACUUGCCACUCCGACCCAUGAGGAUGCGACUUAUGAUUCUGAUAUGGAUGCGGAGGCUGAAGAUGACGAUGAAGACAGGGAUGCCGAAGGGGAAGACGAGGACAUGGAUGGAGUGGAGGGAACUUGGCCACAAAUCUCUUACUCCUCCACAGAACUUUCACGGUCCCUCGCCGCUAUCGAUUCCCUGGGAGAAGACGCAGAUGCCGAAGGGGAGAUUGAAGAUGAAUCUGACGAACCUCCUGAAGCUGUAUUUCGACCAUCCGAACUUAUCCCCGGUGCCUAA